GGGUAACUUAUGUAUUUUGCCUAUAUACCCUUCGAAUACCGUCUUCUUCCUCUUCCAUCAUCUUACUCUCGGACCUCGUUGCAGAAAAAACCUUCAUUUCUGAUCAAUAUUUCUCAUGGCACCCAUUGACCCACAUUCCUUCACCGAUUCAGCACACCCACUCACUACCCAUAUCUCCCUCACUCUCUUCUUCGAUUUCCCAUCUUCCACCAUUUCCUCUGCCACACUUCUCUCCCUCCCUACCCCUUACACCGGACCCCUCACUUUCGACACUCGCUCUCUCUCUGUCUCCUCUGUGCUUGACCCACUUUCUCUUUCCCCUCUCCCUUUCUCCCUCUCUCCUGAUUCCCCAAUUCUUGGACAGUCACUCACCGUUUCCCUUUCUAACCAAAACCAAAUCUUGAUUCUCUCCAAAACCAGUCCUUCGAGUUCUGCCCUUCAGUGGCUUUCCCCUCCUCAGACAUUCAACAAGACUCACCCUUUUGUGUACACUCAAUGUCAGUCUAUUCACGCCCGUUCGAUUUUUCCUUGUCAAGACACACCCGCUGCGCGUGUGAAGUACGCUGCGAAGUUGAACAUCCCCCGCCAAUUAUCGGCUGUUAUGGCUGCUAGGCACGUGGAGAGGCGGGACCCACUGCCCUCCGAGGCGCAAGGGGUCUGUGAGGAUUCAGCGUGGUGCGGGGAUGAUAGGGUGGUGGAGGAGUUCGUGAUGGAACAGCCUAUUCCUCCCUAUUUGUUUGCAUUUGCUGUAGGAGAGUUGGGUUUCAGGGAGGUGGGCCCCAGGACUAGGGUGUAUGCUGAGGCUGUUCCUGCGGUAUUGGAUGCUGCUGCUAAGGAGUUUGCUGGUACGGAAGAGAUGAUUCAAGUUGGGGAGAAGCUUUUUGGACCUUAUGAUUGGGAAAGGUUUGAUCUAUUGGUGUUGCCUCCGAGUUUCCCUUAUGGCGGAAUGGAGAAUCCGAGGAUGGUUUUCUUGACCCCCACUGUGAUUAAGGGGGACGCCAGUGGAGCGCAGGUGGUGGCUCAUGAGCUUGCUCAUAGCUGGACAGGGAACUUGAUCACGAACAAGAACAACGAUCACUUUUGGUUGAAUGAGGGUUUCACAACAUAUGCAGAGCGAAGAAUUGUGGAGGUUGUGCAAGGCGAGGACAUAGCUGCACUAAAUAUUGGAAUUGGAUGGAGGGGACUUGUUGAGGAAAUGGAGAGAUUCAAGGAUAACAUGGAGUUCACAAAGCUAAAAACAAACCAGGCAGGUGUGGACCCAGAUGAUGUUUAUUCUCAAGUUCCAUAUGAAAAAGGCUUCCAGUUUUUAUGGCGCAUUGAGAGACAGAUUGGAAGACCUGCUUUUGAUGACUUUCUGAAGAAAUAUAUUGCUACUUUCAAGUUUCAAUCUAUUGACACUGAUAUGUUUCUCAAUUUCCUUAAAGCUAAUGUCCCUGGAAUAGAGAACGAGAUUGAUUUGAAACUUUGGACCGAGGGCACAGGGAUCCCUCCAGAUGCCAUGGAACCAGUUUCUAACAUCUAUUCAAAGAUUGUUUUGCUUGCUAAUGAGUUCAAGCUAGGUAGGAUGCCAAGAGAGGAUGAAGUUGCUGACUGGAAGGGACAAGAAUGGGAGCUUUACCUCGAGAACCUUCCUAAAUCUGUCGAAGCAUCUCAGGUCACAGCUUUAGAUGCUCGCUACCAUCUCUCAGAAUCAAAAGAUUAUGAGGUGAGGGUAGCUUUUCUUCAGCUGGCCAUUUCAGCAAGAUGCAGAGACUACUACGGCGAGGUGGAAAAAACACUGAAGGAAGUAGGUAGGAUGAAGUACCUUCGUCCACUCUAUACUGCACUUGUUCAAGGUGCGGGAAAGGAAGAAGAAAAAGUUUUUGCCAGAAGGGUAUUCACAGAGGCUUGUGAUUGUUAUCACCCCAUAGCUCAAGGUGUUGCUGAGGCUAUCCUUGCAAAGCAUGCCUGAAGUUAGUGUAAAUUCAAACUUUUGCUUAUUAUGUUAUCAGAAGUUUGACAUAUAUGUGUCUGUUGCCUAAAUCUGGGGUGCUUUCUCAAUAUAGGUUAAAUUGUUUUGCUAAAUCUUUGCAUCUUUGUGGCUUUCACUAAAUAGGUGCAUUCGUGAAUUGGUUUUUGUGUUUACUCUGUGCAUGCUAUAGCUUCAAGGUUUUUUUUUUCCAUCGAA